GUUGACAUUGAACGGAGUCUAUAAAUAGAUUUACAUUGUACCCCAUCAUGUGACGAAUUUCACUAGGUGGGCUAUCCAUGACUUGCGAUCGCGUAAGGUAGGUACAUGCACGAGGAUGGGAUGCUGUUUCUCUGGCGAGAAUGAGGAAUCCAGCCCAAAGACACCACUCAUCAAGGGGAAUGCUACGGGCGGAUCCCAGUACACUUCUGAUUCAACGCAAACCGUAACACAGUCCGCAAGGAAACAAAAAUCGUUGGAUCCGCCACCAAACAAGGAUUUCUUAACAUCUGUCGAUUUGUUGACCACAGCUGAUAUGAAAAACAUCAAGAUUCCCUCGCUGAAUAAGACAUUUCAGGACCAAGGAAAAGUGUUUGACGAAAUCUUUCGACAAUUCCAAGAGAUGAAGGAAAGCCUCAACGAUUUCAAAUCUCAUUUCACGAUGGAGACCGAAGGUGUCCCUGUUCUGUCAAAAUGCAUGCAGCUGCUCUCGACCAGAUGCGGAAGCUGCAAACUCAAGGUUGAAAGACGAAAAUAUAGCGUUCUCAUAGGGUACGAAAACCAAGAUGUCAUGCGCAAUAGCACAACAAAUCCCCAACAAGUCCUGGAUUGUUUACAAUUGUUUAAUUCUUUCAAUAAAAACAUUCAAAAAAUUCUAGAAAGAGCACCGGAAGUGGAAAAUUCGGCCAAAAUUCUUAUCGACGACGAGGAUAACAUGAGGAAGGAAGUGACGAAAGCUGAUUUGGCGGGAACUGACGGACCAGAAACAAUGAAGGCUUGUAAUGAGAAUAUACACAAACUGAGGAAAAUGAACAAUAGUCUAAGGACCAUAAAGAGACACACAGAGCGAACAUUUAAAGAAGUGGUCGAAGCCUCCAAAGCAUUAUUCAAUGAAACCGAAGCAGAGCAGUAAAACGAGAUCUACCAGAGUAGUACAAUAUGUGACAUGAAAUCUUAAUCAAAAUUUGCUAAUCUGUCGAAUUAUCUUGUAUUUUGAACUUGUUAUGAUUGUUUUAUUUGUCUAUUAAACAAUUUUACAGCA